AUGAAGCACUUCUAUCAAAAGCUGAUUGCUAACAAGAAGGGAGACCUACUUUUUGCUUCAUCGGCAAACACAGUGCUUGUUUUCGAGAUCACACCUUCAGGCGCAAAUCUUUUAACUCAAUGGACAGAUGAGAUAGAUCCAUACUUUAGCGUUCGCAAACAUCACAGGGAAGUGUUACAGAAAUACGAAGAUGACAUGAAGAGCUUUGAGAAGCAAGGAAACAAUCCGGAAUCAAAGCCGAAGAAACCUAAGAUGCCCAUUCCAGGGCCAGGUGCACCUCCAACAUUUACAUACAUUCGAGGAAUGAGACUUUCCAGAAACGAGAAAUAUCUCAUUAUACUGACGGAUAACGAUAAGGCCGCUGUUGUCUUUGAAAUUAGUGAUAAAAGAGCCAAUACUGCCGAUUCCAGCUUCAGCCUUGUGCUCAUAAAACGCCAGCCAUUUAGCAAAAGACCAUCUGCAGUUACAACAUCCCUUGAUGACAUGGAUUUAAUCGUUUCCGACAAAUUCGGAGAUGUUUUCUCUGUUCCGCUGAUGGAUAAAAGGGCAAUUGACGAGAAGACUCUAGCUCCAAUCUUGGGUCAUGUUUCUAUGCUCACGUGCAUAGAUAUGGCAACUGAUGAAAACGGAAGACAAUGCGUGAUAACUUCAGAUAGAGAUGAGCAUAUUAGAGUUUCGUACUUUCCAAAGAGUUAUGUGAUAAAGAAAUGGCUUUUUGGGCACAAGGAGUUCGUCUCGAGCUUUGUGCUUCCAGAGUGGUGCUCAAACAAGGUUAUAAUUAGUGCCGGGGGUGAUAAUUUCAUAUGUUCAUGGCUUUGGCAGAACAAUCCAGGUAACGAGCUUAUAGGAAAGGUGGAACUUUCCAAUGUUGUGGAAAAGUACUUGGAUGAGGAGCAUUUGGCACCAAAAAAAUUCCAGAAUGAAGAUGGAACGUUGAAAGAGUACUGCGUUUCUGAAAUAAUUCCUCUCAACAAAAUUCACAAAAUAGCCGUGAUCAUCGAACAAGUGAGUGCCGUUUUUGUCUUGAAAGUGAUUGAGGAUGGAUCACUGGAGUAUGAUCAGACCAUCGAGACUCCUGGUUAUGUUAUAUAUGGCACAUCUUCGGACGACACACUUGUGCUAAGUUUAGUGGAUGAGACUCAUUCCAUCAUCUUCUACAAUAUUGGAGAUGAUGGUAGCAUUAGAGUUUCGGAAAAGCAGGAUCGGCUUGCAUCCGAGAUUGAAAAGAAUAGAGUUACAAUGGACAAUGAUAAGGACAGAGUGCCACUUUUCACCGUUGGCCAGUUGAGGAAAAGAAGAGAGCAUUAA